AUGAAUGACAACGAGCGGAUGUCGGAUCCGGACCUGCGAUCCAAAACCUCGUCUCUGGAGCACUCCUCGCAGCACUCCUCGGUUUCUGCUCCCCGACGCCAGAAUGCCGACUCGCAGAACUCCAGAAGACUGCGCUCGCAGUACCCCCGGGGGUCUAGCGAUAACCAUGUAGAAUAUAUCCUGGUGGCGUCCUUUGACAUUGAUCGCGGCCCUGUUAUGGAACACCAGUACCCAGUCGCCAUUACUGGAGAUGAAAAUAUGUUGGCGGAGCUCAUGCUUCCAGAUCAAGCGCACGCGAGAAAUCAAGACUGGACAAUUUUCUUUUUGCACAAGGAUAUGAGCGAUGAAGAGGAAGACGAGGAAAGAAAACGCAAGGAGAGGCGACGGAGAAGGCGGCGCAAGCGUAGAGCGCUCGCUGCUGGCAUUGUUCCUUCAGGCCAAGACGACGACAACGCACGAGAUAGUGACGACGAAUAUGACGACGCCGACGAUGAUGAUGAUGACGACAGCGACACAGAGCCCGAGGGCGGUGAGGGCCCUCCCCUCAUAUACGUACUCAACUUGGUCAACACGAAACAUGACAAGACUGUGAAACGUGGUGCUAUUGUCAAAGCUAUGGCCAUUUGCACCAGACACCCUUUCUUACAUAUCUACAAGCCAUUGCUUCUGUUGGCCCUCGAGGAGUAUUUCAAAUCGCCUGUACCAGAAACGCUGUCUAUGCUCUACGAUGCUGUCAAUGCAAUGGACCUUUCUCUGAUGCCCAAGCUUAGCCUCCUCGAGCGCCAUCUGCUGCUUGGAAGCGAGAACAGAGAUCUUUUCGUUGAAAAGUUCGAGCGUAUGAUCCAAAUGCGGAUGCUUGAGGAUCGAGGAGAAUCCGCCAACGGCAAUGGCGAUCAUCGCGAUCAUCCCGCGGAAGUCUCUCGCAAAGGCACCAAAGCUCACAUCGAGGUUGGAAGCCAGUCAGCCUACUCAGUACCCCGCGACACCCAUGAAUUCGAAAGCCAUGUCAUGUACAAGGGCAUCCCGAUUCCUAUCAAAGUUCCAACUGCAGUGAUGCCAGAGACUGUUGGGGACUUCUCUCUGGUCAAACUUAUCCAGAACUUUUCGGAACAUCAUGCGAAGUCGCCUCAGCCAUUUCCCAUCCACCCGCACCUGACAACCAGCGGUGCUAAUACACAUCCCAUCAUUGUUUUAAUCAAUGGGCUACUGACACAAAAGCGCAUUAUUUUCCUUGGGCACAACAUGCCUUCCGGGGAAGUAGCUGAGGCUGUUCUGGCGGCCUGCGCUCUUGCUUCUGGCGGCGUGUUGCGUGGCUUCACGCGCCAUGCCUUCCCAUAUACUGACCUCACCAAGAUUGACGAUCUUCUCAAUGUACCUGGCUUCAUUGCGGGUGUCACGAAUCCUACCUUCGAGUUGCAUCCGGAAUGGUGGGACAUACUUUGCGACCUGCCGUCUGGAAGGAUCAAGAUUAGCAGCAAGAUUGAGCCAGCCCCUAUAACAGAGGGGCUGGUCUAUUUCCAGCAGCAAAAUGCAGCACUGGCCACAAUCGCCAGUGGCACUGUCAACAAUACUCAAGACCUAACUGGUGAUCAGGCGUUCAUGGCUGAUAUUUCACGAAGUAUCGCGGCUAGGCAUGGUGAGCGAGCGGUGCGGGCCAAAUGGCGCGAUUGGGUCCUGAAAUUCACGAGGGUCUCGGCACAGUUUGAAGAGAGCGUCUACGGCGCAAGCGCUCUCUUUGUUGGUAUUGAGGAGCAGAACAUGCUGCCUCCUGGGGCGACAGGUCACGGCUACGUCUGGUCAGAUGAUGGGGCCAAAAAUAAGGAAUUGGCUGGAAAUGUGACUCGAAUCGAAGGCUGGCGCAAUACCCGCAGCUACUACAGCUUCAUUCAGGUAACGAGGUGUUUCGAGACGAGCCUGGGACAACAGAGCUAA